GAAUUAGUAUUGGCUAAAUUUCACACAUUUUGGGAUCUAAAAUUACCUUCAUAGCAAUUGUAGGUCCUGAAAGGGCACUAGACAUGUCAUAGAUAAGAAUAAGAGCAAUAACCAUGCACUUUGAAGGCACUUGCGAUCUGAAAAAACAGAACUCAACUAUCCCUUUAAUGAACUAACGAUUAGCUUCAUUACGAAUUAGUUUUCUUUGCAAUAUUACUUAACGUCAUUUUCAUUAACUAUAUAGAUAUUUCCGGGAAAUUAUGACCGUGGUUAUGUGACUCACAUGCUUGCUAGGCCGGUAGUUGGACACUCUUUCCGGAUCCAUCCGAAGACUAAGUACGUUCGCAUUACUUUGAGGAUGGAACUAUAUGGGUAUGGACCUCUAACCGAUGCCGUAGCGUCGCUGAACCUCGAUGCGGAAUUUGGUUGCAUUCCUGUCCUCGGCGAGGGGCUUGGCGUGGAAGAUGGUAGUAUACCAAACUCUAGACUGACAUCGUCAUCGAUAAGAACGUCUGGGACAGAAACUCACAAGGGAAGGCUGAAUACGGUUGGCGGUGUAUGGGCCGCCGACUCUGCAGACAACAAUACGUGGGUUAAGGUCAAUCUUGGCAAAGAUACUUUGGUAACUGGUGUUAUCACACAGGGAUGGAGACAUAACAAGCCUUUGUCAUUCCAAAUCUCCUACUCAAGAGACGAUAAAAAUUGGACCUUUGCUCUGGAAGAGCAUUGUGGGGUACGAAAAACAUAUGCAGGACCUUUUGAUACUAACACAUAUGUGACCAUAGUGUUUCCUGAGCCAGUAACCACACAGUACGUCAGGUUUCAUCCUAUAUCUUCUCUUCCGGCUAUGAGAUUCGAAGUACUUGGUAUUAAAACUCGAACCAUAACGAGUUAUCAUUAAAUGGAUUUAUUGUUUUAUUUAAAAAAAAUUAUUCAUUUAACGAGUUAUUAUUAAAUUGAUUUAUUGUUUUAUUAAAUCUCU